AUGUCAUUACGAAGUCAUACCUCCUUCAUCAAACAAACAAGAAAGGGAAAUGUGGUCAAAGUGGUUCGGGAACAUUAUUUACGGGAUGAUAUUGGAACGGGAGUUGGAAAGGUUUUAGAGGAACAUGCAGAGUGUUAUAUCAUUCCCGAUACCAAUGUGGUGUUGCAUCAAAUUACAAUUUUGGAACAUCGGAGCAUUAAGAAUGCUAUUAUAUUGGAAACAGUUCUCAACGAAGUGAAGAAUCAAAAUAUUAAUAUUUAUAAGAGAAUUCGUACAUUGAUUGAUGAUAAAGAUGGAAAGCAUUUUUAUGUUUUUUCAAAUGAACAUCAUAAAGAAACGUAUAUUGGAGAACGGCAAGCAAAUGAGAGUGCAAACGAUAGAAAUGAUAGGGCAAUUAGAGUCUCAGCUCUGUGGUACAUGCGAAAAUUGGCAGAGAGCAAACCUAUUUAUUUGUUAACCAACGACAAGGAAAAUUUAAGAAAAGCAUCAGAAAUGGAGAUUGCAGCAAAAACUAUUCACGAUUUCAUUAGAGAGCAUGUGAAUGAGAAUCCCUCGUCCUAUCCUGAAGAAUUAUUGGAACUUUUAAACUACACAGACGAAAUUAAAGGCGAUGACGAGGAUAUGGCUGAUGGAGAUGGUGAAAAGAAAAUAUUUGAAGACCAUUUACCAAUGAACACUCUUCUUCGAAGGAUAAAAACUCGAAAACUGCACCAAGGUAGAAUUACAGUCAAUAGAAAUAAUAUUAACGAGGCCUUUGUGACGCUAAGAAGUAUGCAAGAGCUUGUUGUUGAUUUAAAAGACAAGAACAGACCAAAACAAAAUACAUCCUCAUCAGAGCCCAAUUCUGAAAAAGAUGCUGAAGAAGAAUUGAACUCAAUGAUUACCGAAACCAACGACAAUGAAGAUACCUCUUCAGAGAUAGUGCAAUCUGGUACAGAAGUGUUCAACACCGUAUUUAUCAAGAACUUCAAGCACAUGAAUAGAGCCAUUCAUGGUGACAUUGUUGCUGUGGAGCUACUACCAAAAUCCGAAUGGUCUAGACCUUCUUCUAGCGCCGUUAUGGAUGACAAUGAAGUGUUAGUAGACGAUGGAACUUCAAUAGUUACUGGAGACAAUAUUGACGAACAACAAGACGGAAAGACCUCUGUAACUUCAUCGUUCUAUUCAAGGUUCAUGAACUCUGAACGUACCAUUCCAACAGGAAAAAUUGUUGGUAUUAUCAAACGAAAUUGGAAAUCCUAUUGUGGAAGUUUGGAUGAGGAAACUGAACCAGCCGAAGGACUUAAUAAGGUUCUUUUUGUACCAGUCAAUAGAUGCAUUCCAAAAGUUAGAAUACUGUCAAGACAAUCGAAGGAGCUUUUAACUAAGAGAAUUAUUGUAGCCAUUGACGGAUGGAAAGCCACGUCCAAGUAUCCUGAUGGUCACUAUGUUAGCACUAUUGGUGAAAUUUACAACACUGAUGCAGAGUCUGAAGUCAUCUUACUGGAACAUGAUGUACCACAUUAUCAAUUUUCUCAAUCUGUCAUGAAUUGCCUUCCUGAUAAAGAUUGGCAACCUUCAGAAAAAGAUAUGGAACGUAGAAGAGACUUGCGUCACAUUAACAUUGUGAGUGUCGAUCCUCCAGGAUGUACCGAUAUUGACGAUGCAUUACAUGCAGUUCAAUUACCAGAUGGAUGCAUUGAGGUUGGUGUUCACAUUGCAGACGUGACAAAUUUCGUAAAGGAAGGCUCGGCCAUUGAUAUGGAGGCUGCAAAGAGAGGAACUACUGUUUAUUUGGUCGACAGAAGAAUUGAAAUGUUACCAAGUUUACUCACCAAUAAUUUGUGCUCAUUGAGACAACACGUCGAUCGUUUGGCAUUCUCCGUCAUUUGGAAGUUUUCACCUGAAGGUGAUAUUUUAAGUGUUGACUUUACCAAAUCAUUAAUUAGAUCGAGACGAUCCAUGACCUAUGAGGAAGCUCAAAAAGUGAUUGAUGACAAGGAUCGAGACGACGAAUUGGCCACUGAUUUGCGUCUACUUUUACAUAUUUCAAAAAUAUUGAAAAAGAAGAGAACUGAAGCUGGUUCCUUAACACUUGCCUCUCCAGCUGUUAAAUUCAGCAUGGAGACUGAAUCUCAAAAUCCAACAGAUGUAGAGUUGUAUCAAUUACGUGAAACCAACUCAAUGGUUGAAGAGUUCAUGUUGUUAGCCAACAUUGCUGUCGCUAAAAAGAUUACAAAAGAAUUUCCAAUGGUUGCAUGCUUGCGUCGCCACCCUCCAGUGAAUCCAAAGAAGUUCGAGCCAUUGUUGGAAAUGUUGAAGAGACACGGAAUUACGCUCGAUAUUUCAUCAUCCAAAGCUCUCAACGAAUCUUUGAGUAAUAUUAGAACAUCUGGAGCCAUUAAGGACAAGUACAUGGAUACUCUGAUUCGUAUCUUGGUGACACGUUGCAUGGAACAAGCAGUUUAUUUCAUUUCAGGAGAUCAAAGUUCAAACGAAUAUUGGCAUUAUGGUUUGGCAGUUCCAAUUUAUACUCACUUUACUUCACCUAUUCGUAGAUAUGCGGAUGUCAUUGUACACAGAUUACUGGGAGCAGCUAUUGGCUACUAUCCUCUGACUGCCAAGUUGACCGAUAGGGAAUAUUCGAGAAGACUCAUGACAGAGCUCAAUAAGAGAAAUCGAAUGUCACAAUAUGCUCAGCGCUCGUCCGUUGAAUUAUACACUAAUGUUUACUUUAACUCGAAUCCCGUUCAAAAAGAACGAGCUUACAUUACACAAGUAAGAGACAAUGCCAUUGUGGUGUUUAUUCCAAGAUAUGGAUUUGAGCAUGUCAUAUUCUUGAAUAAGGACAAUGUCAAGUAUACCAAGAUGGAACAUAAUGAACAAAAUGACUCGAUUCUAUUCAGUGAUGAAAAGUCCAAAAAGCCAACAACACUCACAGCUUUUGAGCAUAUUGACAUUCGCAUUUUUGUCAAGACAUCCAAAAACUACAGAAGAAAACUGUGUGUGGAAAUUGUGGACCCAGACGUUAUGAUUCUCGAUACUGACUUUCCUCUCCACUUGGUAAAAUCGAACAAUGGCAAUGAUACAUCCUCAAAGCAGCAACGGCUCGUGGUGCAACGAUCUCAUACUCCUGCAGCGGCAUCAUCCUCUUCAGCAGAAAAGACAACACCAUCUUCUUCCUCAACAGAACAAUCGUCCAAUCAACAAUUACCCUCCAGAAAGAAGAAAACAACAAGUUCUUCCUCUGUCGCAACAUCCCAGCAAGGCAAAUCCAAGAAUCAAGCAAGUAGCAACAGCUCUGAAGCCACAUCAUCAGACGACAAGAAACGAAAACGUAAUACUAGCAAGGAGCAGCUCGUACAAAAAUUGAAACAACAAAAGAAGUAA